UUCUCAAGCCCGUACCAUGGUGGAGAACGGGCGCGUGCCGAGACCGCAUGUGCCCUCUAUGCCUCCAGCAGUUCGUGACUCCAUGUCCAGCAAUCGUCCACAAGCUCGAAGAACGCCUAUCGUUUACCCUGCGUUGUUGUCGAAGGUUGCCCAAGCGUUCAAGGAGCGGAUAACGCUGGCGGACAGAGUGAAGGAUGGGUUGACUUAUAAGGACGCGUUCGACGGGCGCGAAGCGGUCGACAAGAUCGCCUACAUCAUCAAGACCACGGAUAGGAAUCUUGCGCUUUUGCUCGGCCGCGCCUUGGAUGCACAGAAGUUCUUCCACGCCGUCACGUACGAUCACCGGCUGCGCGACAGCGUCAAUGACCUGUAUCAGUUCCGCACCAAAAUGCCGAGUCCAUUUACGAGCGGCGAGCUGGUUGACCAGGAGAUCGAGAGCAUCCGAGAGUCACUUGCCAAGUUGCCUGCGCUUCUCAAUGGUGGCAAAGCCAAGGACAGCCCUCCACAAUCUGUUGAAGACGGCACCGAGAAGGGGCAGGGAGACAGCUCGCCAUCACCUCCAGACUCCGUCGUCACCGCUCCUACCAUAAGGCCGCGGCAAGGGUCAAUAUCCUCUGAUGACAUCCCAUUACCCUCCGGUGUCUUCACGCUUCUCAUCGAUUGCUACUCGCCAACAUGUUCACGAGACCGUCUCUGCUAUUCGAUAGCGUGUCCUCGACGGUUAGAGCAGCAAGCGCGCCUGAACAUGAAACCUCAACCUGGUCUGAAGAAACAGAUAAGUAAAGAGAGCUUAGGGGACUUAGUGGAACCUGGGACUCUUUGGAUUCACUCUGUCCCUCAAGCAAUUGUGGACAGCGUGUCGGAUCAGGAGAAGAAGCGUCAGGAAGCGAUCAACGAAGUUAUCUAUACAGAGCGGGAUUUCGUGCGGGAUAUGGAGUAUCUUCGGGAAUCAUGGAUUAAGCCCCUGCAAGAGCUGGGUACCAUACCCGAGCCCCGACGAACGGACUUCUUGGAGCAGGUCUUCUGGAAUUUGCACGACAUCAUAGCGGUAAACACUCGCCUACGCGACGCCCUGAACAAGCGACAAAAGUCGUACGCCAUUGUGGAGCAAAUCGGCGAUAUCUUGCUGGACGCCGUACCGCACUUUGGGCCGUUUGUGUCAUAUGGAGCGCACCAGUUGUAUGGCAAGUACGAAUUCGAGAAGGAGAAGAGUUCGAACCCGGCGUUUGCUGCAUUCGUGGAGGAAGUGGAGCGGCGUCCAGAGUCCCGGAAACUGGAAUUAAAUGGAUAUCUCACAAAGCCGACGACUCGAUUGGCUCGAUACCCUUUGCUUCUCGAGGCAGUUUUAAAACAUACGCCAGAAGACAGCCCGGACAAGAAGACGCUCCCGAAGGUCGUCGAGAUGAUUCGCGAGUUCCUGAAGGCAGUCAAUGCAGAGACGGGUAAGGCAGAGAACAGGUUCAACCUUCUCCAGCUCGACCAGCAGCUUGUCUUCCGACCUGGCGAGGAAGUUGAUCUCCGGCUGAAAGAAGAGGGCCGCGAGCUUGUAUACAAGGGCGCUUUGAAGAAACGCGGCGGCCCGCAAGGUGAUAGCGCCGAGCUGAUUGUCUUCCUGUUUGAUCACGCUCUGCUCAUGGUGAAACAGAAGACCAAGACAGAACAGUACAAGGUCUACCGUCGCCCUAUUCCCUUGGAGCUCCUUCUUGUCUCUGCACCAGACGAAUUUCCUUUGCAACAGAGGUCGAACAAGCAGAAGAAGAACAUGCCCCAUGCGCCUGUCAUCCCGGUUAAAGAGGCGAAAGGCGGCUUCUCGAUAACUUUCGUGCACCUCGGCCGGAAGUACUAUCAAAUGACGCUGUGGGCGAGUACGUACGUCAGCCAGCGGAAGUGGGUCGAGCACAUCCAAAAGCAGCAGGACAUGAUGCGUGAGCGAAGCUCGGUAUUCGAGACCGUUACACUCAGUGAAGGGUUCUUUGUUGGCCCGAACGUGGUCAGCUGUGCUGCACCCUUCGACCAAGGCAGACGAGCCGUAUACGGCACCGCUGACGGUAUCUACCUGUCCGACCUCUGGGAACCGCACCGUGAACCCGUGAAGGUUCUGGCGUUGCUCGAUGUGACACAGGUAGACGUUCUGGAGGAUUACCAGCUACUGAUUGUCUUAUCGGAGCGCCAAGUUAUCACUUUCCCACUGGACGCACUUGAUCCUUCGGAUCCGAUGGCGGCCAUCAAGCGCGCAAAGCGGAUAGCAUCACAUGCGUCGUUCUUCAAGGUCGGCAUAUGUCUUGGGAAGACACUGGUCUGUGUUGUCAAGACAAGUGCACUGUCAAGUACGAUCAAAGCGCUGGAGCCUAUCGACACUAACACCCGUGGGGCACGGAAACCGACAUUUAGGCUACUUUUGCAGGGUGGUAAUGAUACGCUCAAGCUUUUCAAGGAGUUCUAUAUCCCUGUGCAAUCAAGCUCCAUUCAUUUCCUCAAGACGAGACUUUGUGUUGGCUGCACCAACGGCUUUGAGAUUGUCGAUCUGGAAUCGCUUGAUACCCAGGGUCUUAUCGAUCCAUCCGAUCAAUCUCUGGAAUUUGUGAGAAAGCGAGAAGGCCUUAAACCUAUCUCUAUAUACCGCAUCGACAAUGAGUUCUUGCUGUGUUAUGAUGAAUUUGCCUUCUAUGUCAACAAGAAUGGCUGUCGCUCGAGGAAGGACUUCAUGAUCUUCUGGGAAGGCUGCCCAACUGGAUUUGCGCUUUACUAUCCUUAUGUCCUGGCGUUUGAGCCAACUUUCGUCGAGAUCCGCCACGUUGAGACCGGCUCAAUGUCCCAGAUCAUCCAGGGCAACAACCUUCGCUGUCUCUUCUCCGACACACCUCCAUCAACGACCAACUCUGCGAGCAACAAGUAUUAUAACCAACAUCAGCAGCAGGCAUACGCAUACAACCAGUACGCCUCGCCGUCGGUCAACGGCUACGGACGAACGUCGCUGCAGAACGGGUACAGCUCGCCCCAGUCGCAGGCUUACCCGCCAGCGCCGCGAGGUCCCUCGACAGGGCGCGACGAGAUCCUAAUGGUGUCCGACGAUCGCAUUAUGCGGCUGCAAGUAAGCCCGCGCGCACCCCAGUAGCCGCUGCUCGUCACUUGCACGUCCAACCCUCGCGUCUACCGGUUCUAGUGCCGUUUGCUUGCUGCACUCCCGCCUCUACCCACCUCCCGCCACAUGUUAUUAAUUAAUCUUGCACGACUCUCGCCUCCGUUGCGAUACAUUUGCUCUUUUCCAGCCGCUUCCACUGCAUUCACUCCCACGCAUUUCUUAUAUAUCCUAACCACGCAUUCUUGUAUCUGAGCAUUCAUGUUACAGUAGGAGUAGCUAUCACUUUCCUCUCUUCAUGUUCC